AUGAUGACAGUUUUUCCCAAUGAAUUUUCUGCUUUCUUCUUCUUCUCCAAAAAUUCUAGAUUUGUCAAUGAAAUUAUUGGAAAAUGUUUAAAUAUUUUAUCAAUUGGUUGUAAACAAUUCAAUGAAGAACAAAAUUAUCAUCAGCUACGGUUAAAUCCAUUUCAUUUAUUUAGUUUGGUUGAUUGUGAAACGAAAUGGUUUGUACAAUCUACACAUGGCGCCUAUUGUUGUAACGCUUUGAUUGUUCAAUUGAAAAAUAAUUAUGAUUUAUUUGAAUUUUGCAUCCUUAUUUGUUUAAUUUACAUGAAUAGAAAUAAUGGCAACAAUUUAUUCUCAACAAAUCAACCAAUUACAGUCAAUUUAUUUUUAUGUACAAUGUUACAAUUUUUGCAUAGAACCAUAUUCAUGGCAGAAGAUAUUCAUCAAACUUAUCAUCCUUUUAUGAUAAUUAAAAAUUGUUUAAUUAAAUUAACUUCAUAUGAAACAGUUUCGAAAAGUUGUGCUACACAUGAUAAUUUGAUCGAUAGAAAGCAUGCACAUAUUCAACAGUCAUUGCAUUCAGAAUCAUCGUCAUUGCGGUCCACAAUGAUGAAAGGAGAUGACGACGAUGACGGUGAUGAGGAUGAUAUGAAUUUAAUUCAAAUGAAAGAAACGGAUUUAUCAUUUAUUUCAUUAUUGAUAAAAUAUCUAUUUGAAUUUUGUUUGAAUAAGGAUCCAAUCAAAUUGGAAUUCAUUCAUUUAUAUAAAUAUGAAACAUUUGUGGAAAUUUUUCAUAGUAUUUUAUCACAUAAAACUGGUCAAACCAUUUUACAACAUUUGCUAAGUAAACCAUUAAAUCUAAUCAAGAAUUUGUUAGAUUUCACAAUCAAACUUUUAUAUCAUUUAGUAACAAUAAAAAGAAAUUCCAUUUCAUCAGUUGAAGAAUAUUGUAUUCUUUUGUUAAAUACACUGAUUAAAGUGGUUCAUUGUGGACAUCAUAUAACUAGACGUGGAAUAAGUUUACAUUUUGAAGACAUACAAGAUUUUACGGCUGUACUGAUCAAUGUAUGGUAUCAGAUUCAAGAACCUAAGCUGAUGUGUGAACUAAGGGCACAUUUAUCAUCUACAACAACAACAACAACACAAGAAACUAUUUUGAAUGAAUUAAAACAUUGUUUAAUUUAUACACUUGGCAGUCCAAUUGGUGUUGAAUUAUUCACUCAAUCGAAUUUAUCAUUAUUAAUGGAUUGUAUGACAAAUUUACAAAAAUAUCUUUUAAAUGAAUAUAAUAUCAUCUUUCGUCGACCGCAUACAUGUGGUUUCGUGUUGAGUCAGCUAGCAUUGAAUAAAUUCAGUUUGAUAGCUUUAUUACAAUCGGGCAUUAUGAGUUUAUUGAUAAAACAUGCAUGGCAGUCAAUUGAAUAUUUUGAUAGUACAGGUCAUAUAAAUUUAACAGGGAAUUAUUAUUCUACUACCAUAAAAACUUAUAAUCCACCAAUAUGGUCUAUUGAUCCGAUUGAUAAAAUAGCUUAUAAACCAUUUGUCAAUUUGGUCAGAGUUACAACUUCGUAUGAAUCUAUAGAAAAUUUACUUAGCCGUAUGGAUUUAUUAACAAAUAAAGAUUAUUAUGAUAUUCGAUUAGAUGUACCUACUAAUUUAUCUCAAUUUAUCGAUCGUAUCAUAUUUGUAAACAGUAGUAGUAGUAAUACAGCGAAACUUCAUUCAUUGUUCAAUUCUGAUCAAUGUCAAGUAUUUGGUUUAAGAUUUGUGCAUACAUACAUGGUUGUAUGUUUGUAUGUGUAUGUGUGA